AUGAAUGCAUUUACAUUUGAUGCUGCCGAAAAUGAAAACAGAAAGGAGUACCCUGCUGAGUCAUUAAGGAGAGGUCUCAAUAACCACUUUGCUGCAAAUGGAGAAUAGUUGCAAGUGAAUUAAUUGUAUCAGUUAAAAGAACCUAGAUUUGAUUGCCGAGGUGCGCCUAUUUCUAGAACCUAUGUUUACAAGAUAUUGCUAACAGAUAACGCUAGGCACUCCAGAUCGAAGUAUAGCCAAUUAUACAGAAACUUAGCUUGGGAGGUGGAUAGAAACUCCAUUGACUUAGAGAAAUUUAAGCUAGGUUGCAAAUUAUUUGAGGGAUAUCACUGUUUCAAGCAUUUUGUCAGACUCAAAGCAGAUGAAGUAAAUUCAACUUGUCAUUAACUUUUAGCCAGAUCCCCAUGA